AUGCACAUGGAAACGUAUAUCAUUUGCAGGGAUGUGAGAUCCUCAAACAUUUUGUUAGACGGGGAGUUCAAUGCAAAGAUCACAGAUUUUGAAGAGAGAGGGUUUAAUCCGGUCAGUGGAGAGUCUCCUACAUCAUACAACGACGGUUAUGUGGCUCCUGAGUAUCUAGCCACUGGGUGGUUAUAUCUGAAGAGCGAUGUUUAUGGUUUUGGAGUGGUGAUGCUAGAGAUAGUUACAGGGUUACGUGCAGUUGGUUCUGUUGAAACGAGUUUAUCCAUCGAAAGCUGCAUUGAAAGUAGCUCAACUCAUCAUAGAUUGUCUUCAUCAUGA